AAGAAGAAGAGGGAAGCAUGGCAGGGGUAGAAGAAGAAAGCGAACCAGAGAAAAUAGCAAGAGCUAACGCAGAGGAUAGGGAGAAAAAGGAAAUUAGCGAGAUGAGGAUGAUUGAUCAAGGAUUUUCGGUGUGCGAAUGAUGGAUUUUCAGUUUUAAAAGAAGGCUAGGCCGAGGGAAGAGAAGAAGAAAGAGGAGGUUCGAGAGUGAGAAGCAGAAAAUCCAGGAGGAGCUGAAUACUACGCCCUGCCGUGAUAAUACCAGAGGGGUGAAAGUGAAGAAGAAGGAGAGAAAACGAAAAAAAUAAAAAUAAAUAGUGUUGAGCACAUAUAACUAUAUGCAUUUUCUAUAUAACAGUAUAUAAAUAGUGUUGCGCACCCCGAAUUCACUAGGGUUUUUUGACGGUUUUAAACCGUUUUAGGGUUUUAAACUUAGUGAGAUCAAAUUCAAACGUGAAUUUUGAUCUGUAAGUAUUUGUUCCGGUGGAUAAGUUUACAGCUGAAACUCGUGAGUUGAGAGUUAGAGAGAAGGAGAUGGAGGAACCGAAGAAAAGAAGUGUGCCUGUGCUGCCAUGGAUGAGAACUCCUGUUGAUAUCAGCCUUAUACAACAAUGUCCUCUUGAAAUCCUCCCUUGUCUUGACCCCAGGUUGAAGGUGGCUUUGCAGAAAAUUGGAGUUUCUUCUCUCUUCCCAGUCCAAGUUGCAGUUUGGCAAGAGACAAUAGGGCCUGGUGGGUUUGAAAGGGAUCUCUGCGUGAAUUCUACUGGAACUGGGACAACAUUGGCUUAUGCUUUGCCUAUAGUACAGAUGUUGUCUACUCGUGCUGUUAAAUGUCUUCGUGCUUUAGUGGUUUUGCCCACUCGUGAUUUAGCCUUGCAGGUUAGGGAAGUUUUUGCUGCAAUUGCACCUGCUGUGGGCUUAUCUGUUGGUUUGGCUGUAGGCCAAUCAUCAAUUGCUGAUGAAAUUUCAGAAUUGAUUAGAAGGCCUCAGCUUGAGGCAGGCAUCUGUUAUGACCCAGAGUAUGUUUCACAAGGCCUUCAGUGUUCAGUUGAUAUAUUAGUAGCAACCCCAGGAAGGCUUGUGGAUCAUAUAAAUAACACCAAGGGAUUUACACUAGAGCAUCUAUGUUAUCUUGUGGUUGAUGAGACAGAUCGAAUGCUUAGGGAGGCAUAUCAGGCCUGGCUACCGACUGUGCUUCAACUGACUCAGUCUGAUAAUGGGAUAAACUUUCCUCCUUCUAACACUUCUCUUCCUUCUGUAUUUGGUUUUGGUCCUUUAAGAACAAUGAGGAGAUGUGGGGUUGAAAGAGGUUUCAAAGGUAAAUCUUGCCCUAGGCUUGUGAAGAUGGUUCUAUCAGCAACUUUGACUCAAGAUCCAAGUAAGCUAGCUCAGCUUGACCUACAUCACCCCUUAUUCUUGACGACUGGACAAAGGCGAUACCAACUUCCGGAAAAAUUGGAAUCUUACAAACUGAUAUGUGAAUCAAAGUUGAAGCCUGCAUAUCUGGUUGCCCUUUUACAAAGUUUAGGAGGUGAGAAGUGCAUUGUCUUCACAUCUUCGGUGGAGUCAACUCAUCGGCUUUGUACCUUACUAAAUUUUUUUGGUGAUCUGGAAAUAAGCAUCAAGGAGUAUUCAGGUCUUCAACGGCAAUUUGCAAGAACCCAGAGGAUAAAGUUUCAGGUAUUGCAUCCACAACAGCCGUCGACAUGUGAUAGGACUCCUCAAUUCCCACUCGUAAAGGUAAAACGUUUCAAGAAAAUCUUACAGAAAGCUGAAAAUGAUUCUUGUCCAGUUUACUCCAUUCCUGCCAGUUCAAUUGAGUCCCUUCGCAGUGUUUAUGUCUCCGCGCUUGAAAAACUGAAAGAAACAGUUGAAUCAGAAGCAUCCAGAAAGCGGAAACUUGGUUUCAAGUCUUCAAAGAUGGGAAAGGGCAAGGAGAAACAAAAACUGAGCACAUAGGGACUAUCAAGCCUACUGAAGAAAUGUUUUCCCAACUACGUUGUGCGAGUGCGUUAAUACCAGAUGUUCAAUCUACACACUUUCCCAAUCAAGCGGUGGCAGUUGCAAAUUGUCAAUUAACGUGCAAGCUUGAAUCAUUCAUUGUCUGCUUUUGUGCAAACAAAGCGGACGCAUAACAUUAUUCCAAUGACCCUGUGGUUACUGACGUACAGCAGGUGACGACCUUGCCAUGUUGAAAGCGAGGAAGAGUGUCCAGAAACAUUAAUUGUUUUCAAAGUUUAUUGACAGAAAGUUACUAUGAGAUUAAAAGAAAGAUUUUGAUGCUUCUUGAGAGCUGGAGAAAUUUUAUGCUGGAGACAAAAUUUGCUUUUGUAAAUGCCAUUUUCUGAUAAACAUAAUGGAAUACGAGAUUAUACUUUGAUUUCCA